GCAAUAAUGGGAGGAGGGUUUUCCCAUCACCUGUCUGAUUUAGAGGAAACCAACAUUGAAGAUAUUGCAGCGAAACCAAGCAAUGAUGGGAUCUGUGAUGGGAAGAGUCAAGCAGUUGACGAUUCUUUAAAUCAUGAAAAAAGUGAUGAUGAGAACGAAGACGAAUUUUCGUCAAUAGACGUUCGUGAUUACGUAGACCAGUUUCCGUUUGAAAAUCUUGUAUUUGAGGGAGGCGGAAUUAAAGGAUUGAGCUACCUCGGAGCGAUUAAGCUUUUGGAUAAGAUUGGUUUGAGAAAGAAAAUCAAAAGGUGCGCUGGAACAAGCAUUGGCUCUAUUUCAGCUCUUGUUGCAGUGCUAGGGUUCAACGACGAGGAAUUAGAUGAAAUCUCCAGGAAGAAUCUCGGUUCAUUUCUCGAUGUCGGGAAAUGGAGUAUCAUUUAUAACGUGUUCCAAUAUUUGGGCUGGCAAAACUUUACCUCUUUUUAUGAUUAUAUUGGAACGUUGGUGGAAAAGAAACUUGGCAACAAAGAUGCUACUUUUCGAGAUCUCUAUGAAAAGACGGGAAGGGAAUUAUGCGUUGUAGUUACCAACUUAACGGUACUACAUGAGGAGUACUUUCAUCCGAAGACAACUCCAAAUAUUCCAAUCCGGCUAGCCAUCCGGAUGUCAGUCGCAAUACCAGGCUUGAUUCAACCAGUGAAAUGUACGGUAAAUGGACAGACCGGUCUGUACUGUGACGGGGCAGUCAUCAUGAACUACCCAAUCUCCUGCUUUGACGGAUGGUGGUUGUCGAUGAAAAGUGAAGACUCUUUUCUCCAAAGGCUACAUCCUUUAGAAGAUUUACCCAAAAUCUUGGACAGAAGAAACAAGUUUGCGAGAGACGAAAAAACAGCAGAUAAAACGCUUGGAUUUCUUGUGUUCAACAACGAUGACGAGACAAACAACUAUAAUUCGGUAGUAGCACGCAGAAAUAAGCACAAAGUGACGUAUCCAAAUACUACGCUGGCAAGGAAAGCCUUAGAGAGGAAAAAAACCACCGUAAGGCUGGGAAUAGAACAUAAGUCUACUAAAGAGGCUAUCAGUAAAUUCUUGGAGUUAGCAGGAAAGUAUGACAUUGACUGCAGUAACACCAUCACCAAAGAUGAAUUGACAGAAGUUUUCAAAGAUGAAACAUUCACUGCUGGACAGAAAAAUAUAUUGUUUGGAGAAAAUGCCACAAUGGAAGAUGCAAUGAAAAUGAUGGAUAAAGAUAGCGAUGGAAAUAUAAGCUUCAGCGAGAUCGUCGAUUAUUGCAGUCGCAAAGGAUUUGCAUUAGCAAACUAUGGCAUAUUAGGAUCAGAAAAGCAACAUAUCAAUUCGAUAAAGGACUUGACUCAAGCUUUUUUCGCAACGGUAGUUUUAAACGCAGACCAGAUAGGAUUCAGUUCUAAAGAUCUACCCAGGACAGUCGGCAUCCAUACGCAUUAUGUAAACACGACUGAUUUUGAUGUGGAAACAGAAGAUAUAAAAUUUAUUAUGGAGGAAGGGCACAAAUCCACCUUGGCAUUUUUGAAACAUUUUGCGGCUACAAAGCUAAAACCCAAAAAAUCUUGAGACCCGUGUGCGUGAAGUCAAAGUUUCUUUAAAUUGUGAAGAAAUACUUAAAACUCCAUUAUUUGCUAUUUAUUAUAAUAGAAAACCGCAAUAUAGAAUAAUGACAUCAGUGACGCGUAAUAGAAUAAAACUACAACCUUAUAUACAUUGUAUGUAGAACUUUUGUAUUUAUUCAAUAUGCCUCAGACUAUGUGUAUAAACAAUAUUUGCAAAGAUAUUUUCUCCUUCGUAGUUAUUUAUAUUAUGUAACAUAUUCGAAUACUAGUAGACACUCAACUGAGAUUAGAAUUGUGUGACAAGUGCGUCAAAAUCUAAGCAUUGCUGUUUUGUCGUAAUGAAUGAUGGAAGGUUAAGUUUGUGCUGUUUAAUAUUUUAUUACGGGCCGCCAGAAGGCGGUCCGUUAUUUGAUAUACAUUUAAAUAUUGUCACUGCGUUUCUGCGGGAUAGUUUUUUAUGUUACAGAAUCAAUAUUAUGCCUUUUUUAUGAACUGAAAGUAAAUUUGCAUAUAGAAAUAUGUUUCAUGCCUUUUUAAAAAAAUAAUACAUUUUUUGGUUUUACUCGUAAAUAUAAAGUAUGUCAUAGACUGUCAUGUUAGACACGUUUCUUUUCCUCGAGACUAUAAUUUAUUCGAAAAAUUUCGGAGUUUUUCAUUCGUUUCAAAACAAAGUAUCGGUAUAAGGGACUAAAUAAAGACCUGAAAUACUAAAGACCUGAAUGACAUGAACUUUUUUAUAGAUGAUAUAUUUAAAUUUCUAUGUGCUGCGUCAAAAAAAAAGGACACAAAUCCGGCAUAUUUUUUAAUUCUAAAAUUGUGCAGAUUCUACCUGAUGACUUGACUUCACAUGUACCUUUGAAAUAAUCCAAUUUUAUUUUAUUAUGAGGUCCCUGAAAAUCAUUUAAACCAAUGCGACAAAAAUAUCAAAAUGGUUUGAAAUACAUAAUAUCCAAGAGAAUAAUGAUGAGCUGAACUUUGUAUUAGAAUAAUGUACAGAUCAAUGUGUUCUCUAUUACUUCAUGCUAUUGCAAUUAUCAUACAAUUACCGUUAGAAAUGUUUACGGUAACGAACUCGAUUCUUAAUAAUAAUACAUGUAGUAAAAUGUUUAACUUCAAAACGUAUUUCUGAAAAUAUAUUAAAAUUUACCCUUAAAAUUAGUACAACCAA